AUGGAGCCGCUCCGGCCUUGGCUCGUGCCGUUCCUGCUGCCCGAGCACUGCUUCGAUCAAUUCUUCCUGCGCUUACAGCUCCUCCAUGUUCCGUGCUUGAAAAUCCUCCUGAGCAAAGUUCUGGGUUACGGGAUCGUGGCGGGAUCCGUCCUGGUGAAGGUGCCCCAGCUGCUGAAGGUGUGGGGGUCCCGCAGCGGGGGGGGGCUCAGCCUCCCCUCGGUGCUGCUGGAGCUGCUGGCCCUGGGGGGCUCCGUGGGCUACGGCUGCGCCAGGAGCUUCCCCUUCAGGUUUGGGCUGAUCCAGAUCGUCACCAACGCCCGGCAGGGCCACACGGGGCAGCUCUCGGGGGUCUCCACGGGGCUCCUUUUUGGGGGGGCCCUGGCCCGAAUCUUCACCUCCCUCACGGAGACGGGGGAUCUCCUUUUGGCCUCCACCUUCGCCGCCUCGGCCGCCUGCAACGGGGUCCUGCUGGCCCAGGUGCUGCUUUUGGGGGGCUCCCGGGACCCCCACCCCAAAAAGGAGUGACCCCAAAAUCUCCGGCACCCCAAAAAAUAAAACUCAAAAAA